GCAUGCAGGGGAGAUUUGGCAAGGCAUUAUCUGUACAAAGUGCAGGCAAACCUCUCGAGCUACGCUAUCUCUCCGGCCUAUUUUGUGGCCUUGGGAUGCAAUGCAGCAAUGCAGAUUGACAGGAGAGGCAGGUCAAGUCAAAAAUAUGAGGACGGGCUCCGACUCUGGGCCGCCUGGGAUUUUCCCGCACAGGCGACAGCAGCUCGCCAUCAACGAAAUUAUGAGGUGGUCGGUGUAUGAAACUCGAGUACACUACCUCCGUGGAUGGUCGCCAAACUACGAGGAACCCUUAUCUAUUUUUCUUCUCUGUUCUCCCCUUCCUGGUGGGCACAUAUCUGUGAAAUGUGCCGAGUGCUUCUCUGUUGCUAGGUUACCGGAUAUAAGGGAGUCGGAUGAAGGAGGAUCCAACGCGGGGCUUCGGUCCUUCUUCCUCGCCGCCCGCUCAGCGCGAUCCAACCCCACCCGUUGGACGCCUGGGAGACCGCCCGAGGCAGAAACACGCCGGCCGGCUCGGCAUUGCGGGGCCUGUGUAGCGGAGAGCGCACCCAGAUAUGUACAUAUGUACUGUUGUAGGUUGCAAACGCCAGGAGAAAGCGGGUCCUGUAUUUUUUGAUAGUACUGGGCCUUCCCAGCGCGCAGCAACUGCUACUGAGUUCUAAAUCUUCCCUAUAUAUUUUGCAGCCUACAGUGUACUGUACAAGGUGCUGUGGGAUCGGAUCGCAUGUGCAAGUGGUGGAUGGCCCAAAUAUCGGACGAGGAAUGGACCCCCUUGGGCAACAUAGAGGGACAGGAGAUACACAACUUACCGCUCACAGCCAGGCUCACAGGACUGUCGCACAUAUCUUAGAUCAUCGAGUCGUCCUUUUGGCUGAGGCUUCCGGCCAGUGUCUCGAGCCGCGCAUUCGUACGGUUGCUGGAGGUUACACCGCCCGCCCGGAAACGUG